AUGUCACUAACUUCACGGAUAUCCAAACACACCUCAAAUGGUGUCUUAAUGAACUUUAAAAAAGCAAUUGCAAGUCAACUGUCGCAACUCACUGGAGAACCAGAAACCAAAGCAUUAGAAUAUAUAGAACUACCACCAAAAAAGGAAUUUGGACAAUUCGCCGUAAUAGUUCCAAAACUGCUGGCUAAUUCACGCAGAGGUCAACGAAAAAAAAGAAAAAUAACUAAAGAGAAGAGUGCAUCACUAGAACAACACCAACCACCAUACGAACCAAAGAAUCCUACUGAAUAUACAAAGGAAUUGGCAGAGAAGUUUCAACCUGAUACAUUUAUCGCUGAUUGUACACCACUCGGAACAUAUCUGAAUUUCAAUAUACAACGUAUCGAGCUUAUACGUCAAGUACUUGAUCAGGUCAUACGUGAACAAACAUCUUAUGGCACUUUCCCGAAAUAUGGUGAAGGCAGAACAGUACUGAUUGAUUUCAGUUCGCCCAAUAUCGCGAAGCCAUUCCACGCAGGACAUUUGAAAAGUACAAUUCUCGGGAGCUUUUUGAAAAGAAUUCACGAAGCAUUGGGAUACAAGACAAUAUGUGUCAAUUACUUGGGCGAUUGGGGUAAACAGUAUGGUCUGCUGGCUGUUGGAUUUAACAAGUUUGGAUCGCGUGAACAGCUGUUGCAAAAUCCUGUGUAUCAUCUAUAUGAUGUAUAUGUUCGAAUUUGUAAGGAAGCAGGCGAAGACAAUAGCAUCAACGAAGAAGCAAAUCAAUGCUUCAAAAAAAUGGAGGAUGGGGAUGAAUCUGUCCUGACACUAUGGCGAGAAUUUCGCGAGUUAAGCAUAACUGAAUAUCAGUCUUUAUAUAAAAGACUAAAUAUUAGUUUUGAUAUAUAUUCCGGUGAAUCAGAAACUCAUAAAGACAUUCCAAAAGUGAUUGAUCUGCUACGCGCCAAAGGACUAUUGCAACAAAAAGAUGGUUCUCUAUACGUUGAUUUAGAGAAAUAUAAUUUGGGUUCACCGGUGGUAAAACGCCACGACGAAACAUCCUUAUAUAUAACGCGGGAUAUAGCAGCUGCAAUAGACCGCAAACAAAAGUAUAAUUUCGAUAAGAUGCUCUACGUGGUUGGGGUGUCACAACAAGUACAUUUCCAGCGAUUAUUUAAAAUACUGGAAAUAUUAAAUUCUACAGAAUACGACGAUAUUAAUAAACAACAAGAGAACUGGGCAAAUCAGCUGCAACAUAUUCACUUUGGAAUAAUUAAUGGGAUGUCAACUCGCAAAGGCACUGCGGUAUUUCUCAAAGACUUGUUGGAUAAUUCACAGCAACAUAUGCUGGAAAUAAUCAAGGAAAAUGAAAAGAAAUAUCAAGAAAUUAAAGAGGGAGCGAAUCGGAUGUCUUUAUCGUCAUCAUCAUCACCAGCUACUCCUUCUUCAAUAGAUCAGCAGCAGCAAGAAGAUUUAGAUGUUUUGUUCCCGAGUGGUGAAGCGGCUGCAGUAAAGAUUGCGGAUAUUGUAGGAAUUUCAGCAGUAGUGAUAGAAGAUUUUUCACGAGAUAGGCAGUUGGAUUAUGAUUUUUCGUGGAAGCGAAUGAUGGAUAGUCAUGGAAAUACGGGUGUAUUUCUUCAAUAUGCACAUGCUCGAUUAAAUGGGCAAGUCAUCGAAGAAAAAGCCGAUGUCAAAUUGAAUUUUUCUGCGGAUCCCAAGUUUCUCAAGGAUCCAGAAGCUUUCGAACUAGCAUUCCAGAUAGCACAGUAUCCGGACACUGUCUUAAAAUCAUUUGACGAAUCCCAACCACGCAUAUUAACUCACUAUCUAUUUACUCUUGCGCACACUAUUUCUCAAGCUGUCCGCAUUCUAAGAGUUAAAGGAAUGAAUCAAGAUCUCGCGGAAUCUCGGUUGUUGCUUUUUUGGACAGCGAAAUUGACAAUGGGUAAUGGAUUAAGAUUAUUGGGAUUGAAGCCAUUAGAGAAAAUGUAA